GGUGUGUUUACUGUUUGUGCCUGGGUGGGUGAGGGCCGUGAGCCCCCUCCCAGCUGUCCUGCAUGACCUUGGGCUGCUGCAUGCAUGUGUGUGUGACCUUGGGGCUGGGAUGGCCAGAGGAAAUGGCAGCCUUGGCUUUCAGAGUUCCUUUGAGGGGUGCAAGGACAUUAGGCUCAGUGUCCAGGCCCAGAUCGCACUCAUUAGGGAUGAUUCUCAUCCCCCCCCUAUUGCCCACUGUCUCAGGACUUCUAGUCAGAGACCCGGAGAAUUUGACCCUAAAUAGCAGCAACAUGGAAUAGAGCAUUUACUAGCUUAUAGUGGAUUCUCAUUUAGCCUGAGCCUGGGGGCAGUGGGAGGAGAAACUGGCGGUUUGGGAGUGGGGAAAGUACCAAGUGAGCUGGUUGGGUGAGGAGGUGGGAGGUCAGGGGACAGAGCACAUGAAGAACAGUCGUGAGUUGAAAAGCCUGAGUUGUGCCUGCCUCUUGGUGGGUGCUGCCAUGAAUGCCCAUGCUCGCUCUGCUCCACCAGUCUUUCCCUGCCUUUCUCCCUCUGAUGUUGUGCCUGAGGCCCAUCUUCCACCCUUGGAGCCUCCAUCAGCUGUCAUUGGAGCCGGGCUCAGCUGUGCCACCCAUGAGACUCCUUUAGUCUUAAGUCGCUGCCAUGACCACUUCCUCACACCAGCCCCUGCCUUGGGGCUGUGCCCAAGCUGUCUCCAAGCUGCAUGUGCCUGUUUGGCCUGUAUGUACCGUGCUGUACAUGUGGUGCUGUGAUUUCCUUGUUGCCGGAUGGUUUCAGGCCCUUCUGACCUUGCAUGGAGAGCUAUUGACUAGGGCAGUGGGAGACUUCUGGUUGUGAUGGGUCCGCACUUAGGAGUCUUGCCUUGGAAGAGACAACAGGAUGGUACUUGGCGUUGGGGUCCUGGCUCAGGAGGGCAUGGGGAUGUAAGAAGGAAAAUAAUACUCUAAAGGGUGCUGGAUCCAUCCCAGACAUUUGGCUUCCUCCCUUGAUUAUUGUCUCCUGGUUGGGGCUCCCAUCUCACAGGAAGCCCUUGAAUAGAGAAGAGCAUGGAUCUGCAGUCUGCUAUCUUUGGAGACGUUCUGGCUGCAGUCUGCCCUGUCCCUGGGUGGGGCCUGAGCUGUGCCCAGAUCUUGGGGUUUGGGCAGCUGCCUGGGGAAAUGUGGCCCAGCCAAGCCUAGGCUGCCUGUGCUGGGAUGCAGUGCCUUCUUGGCCCACAGUGCAGUGUCUCAGUCAAGUAGUCAAGUCCUCCCCUUGGUCUUCCUCGCCAGUGCUUCUCUCCCAGCAGGUCACUCAGCCCAGGGAGAGGGAGCUAGCAUCGAACAGAGGAAGGAACUUUGCGGGGGAAGGCAGAGGAGAACCCAGAUGUCUCUGCAGGGCCCCAGUCCUUUCUGGAAGCCCUUUAGAUACGGGCUUGACCCUACCUACAGCCACGGGAGAGUUGGGAGAGGAGCCAAACGCUGUCAUUAGAGCUGCUGCCACCCAGAUGGAAUGUGCCCCAGGGCUUCCUAGUGUGCCCCACAGAGCUGAUGCCUUCGCACAAGGGGUGUUCUGGGGGCAUGUGUCUCAUGAGCCCCCAUAAAGGUAUUGGCCGUGUGUAUAGGAGACCGAAGUAGAGUUGGUGGGGUUGUGGGCAGAGGGGAGUGUGAGUCUGAGAGCGGCCUGAUGAAGCAGUGAGGCGCUAUGUCCCUGUCCAGGGACACCUGUUCCCAGAGAGGUCACCCCAGAAAUGGGAUGGCCCCCAGCCCCACUUCUUAGAGCAAAUUCUUGCUAACUGGGGAGAGGGGAGGGGAGGGAGGAGCCAGAACCUGUUCUUUGGAGGAAGAAGCAGGGCGGGUUCAGCAGAGGACUUUGUCCAGUCAUGAGGAGGGGGAGGAGCCCGCAGAGCCUGGCGGUUGCUAGGUGACUGAGGAGCCGUGGCUCCACCCCCAGUGGAGCAGAGGAGGGUGGGUGCAUGACGUCAGGUGGAGCUGGUGCUGCGGCCACUGAGGCUGCCAUCAGUCUAAGCUGGAGAACUAGGCCGGGUGCCUCUCCGGUGCCUGCCGGAGCCUGGCUGUCCCCACCUUGCACCUGUGGGGGCUUCUGCAUCUGAGCUGCAGCCGUUUGCCAGCUGCGAAGCUGCCGGGCCGGGAAGCUGAGGCUGCAUUGUUGGGAUUUGAUGCACUAAUCUCCUGUCUCCGCCGCCUCUCCCUCUGUUCGGUCUCUUUCCCUCCCUCCCUUCGUCUGUCCUUCCUCUGUGUUUGUCCAUCCUCCUCUGUCCUUCCUUCUCUUUCCUCUCCUGGCUUUCUUUGGUUUUCUGCAAUGAUGAGACAGGCACCGACAGCCCGAAAGACUACAACUCGGCGGCCCAAGCCCACCCGCCCAGCCAGUACUGGUGUGGCUGGGGCCAGUAGCUCCCUGGGCCCCUCUGGCUCAGCAUCAGCAGGUGAGCUGAGCAGCAGUGAGCCCAGCACUCCAGCUCAGACUCCUCUGGCAGCACCCAUCAUUCCCACGCCAGCCCUCACCUCUCCUGGAGCAGCUCCCCCACUUCCUUCCCCCUCUAAGGAGGAGGAGGGGCUGAGGGCCCAGGUGCGGGACCUGGAGGAGAAACUGGAGACCCUGCGACUGAAACGCGCAGAAGACAAGGCAAAGCUAAAAGAGCUGGAAAAACACAAGAUCCAGCUGGAGCAGGUGCAGGAAUGGAAAAGCAAAAUGCAAGAGCAGCAGGCAGACCUGCAGCGGCGCCUCAAGGAGGCGCGCAAGGAAGCCAAGGAGGCGCUGGAGGCCAAGGAACGCUACAUGGAGGAGAUGGCUGACACUGCUGAUGCCAUUGAGAUGGCCACUCUGGACAAGGAGAUGGCUGAGGAGCGGGCCGAGUCCCUGCAGCAGGAGGUGGAGGCGCUGAAGGAGCGUGUGGACGAGCUCACCACUGACUUGGAGAUCCUCAAGGCUGAGAUUGAAGAGAAGGGCUCAGAUGGCGCUGCGUCCAGUUAUCAGCUCAAGCAGCUGGAGGAGCAGAACGCCCGCCUAAAGGAUGCCCUGGUGAGGAUGCGGGAUCUUUCGUCCUCAGAGAAGCAGGAGCAUGUGAAACUCCAGAAGCUCAUGGAAAAGAAGAACCAAGAGCUGGAAGUUGUGAGGCAACAGCGGGAGCGUCUGCAGGAGGAGCUGAGCCAGGCAGAGAGCACCAUUGAUGAGCUCAAGGAGCAGGUGGAUGCUGCUCUGGGUGCUGAGGAGAUGGUGGAGAUGCUGACAGACCGCAACCUGAAUCUGGAAGAGAAAGUGCGGGAAUUGAGAGAGACUGUGGGGGACUUGGAAGCGAUGAAUGAGAUGAACGACGAGCUGCAGGAGAAUGCACGGGAAACAGAACUGGAGCUGCGGGAGCAGCUGGAUAUGGCGGGUGCGCGGGUACGAGAGGCUCAGAAGCGGGUGGAGGCGGCCCAGGAGACGGUUGCGGACUAUCAGCAAACCAUCAAGAAGUAUCGCCAGCUGACCGCCCACCUGCAGGAUGUGAAUCGGGAACUAACAAACCAGCAGGAAGCAUCUGUGGAGAGGCAGCAGCAGCCCCCUCCGGAGACUUUUGACUUCAAAAUCAAGUUUGCUGAGACUAAGGCCCAUGCCAAGGCCAUUGAGAUGGAAUUGAGGCAGAUGGAGGUGGCGCAGGCCAACCGGCACAUGUCCCUGCUGACAGCCUUCAUGCCCGACAGCUUCCUUCGCCCAGGUGGGGACCACGACUGUGUCCUGGUGCUCCUGCUCAUGCCUCGUCUCAUUUGCAAGGCAGAGCUCAUCCGGAAGCAGGCCCAGGAGAAGUUUGAUCUAAGUGAGAACUGUUCAGAGCGGCCUGGACUUCGAGGAGCUGCAGGGGAGCAGCUCAGCUUUGCUGCCGGGCUGGUGUACUCACUGAGUUUGCUGCAGGCCACACUCCACCGUUAUGAGCAUGCCCUCUCUCAGUGCAGCGUGGAUGUGUAUAAGAAGGUGGGCAGCCUCUACCCAGAGAUGAGUGCCCACGAGCGCUCCCUGGACUUCCUUAUUGAGCUGCUGCACAAGGAUCAGCUGGAUGAGACUGUCAAUGUAGAGCCUCUCACCAAGGCCAUCAAGUACUACCAGCAUCUGUACAGCAUCCACCUCGCUGAACAACCUGAGGACAGUACCAUGCAGCUGGCUGACCACAUUAAGUUCACGCAGAGUGCCCUGGACUGCAUGAGUGUGGAGGUGGGACGGCUGAGGGCCUUCCUCCAGGGUGGGCAGGAGGCCUCGGAUAUUGCCCUCCUGCUGCGGGACCUGGAAACAUCGUGCAGUGAUAUCCGGCAGUUCUGCAAAAAGAUCCGAAGGCGAAUGCCAGGGACGGACGCUCCUGGGAUCCCAGCUGCACUGGCCUUUGGAGCACAGGUGUCCGACACACUCCUCGACUGCAGGAAACACUUGACGUGGGUGGUGGCUGUGCUGCAAGAGGUGGCAGCUGCUGCUGCCCAGCUCAUUGCCCCGCUGGCUGAGAAUGAGGGACUGCCUGUGGCUGCCCUGGAGGAGCUGGCUUUCAAAGCAAGCGAGCAGAUUUACGGGACCCCCUCCAGCAGCCCCUAUGAGUGUCUGCGCCAGUCAUGCAACAUCCUCAUCAGUACUAUGAACAAGCUGGCCACGGCCAUGCAGGAGGGAGAGUAUGAUGCAGAGCGGCCCCCUAGCAAGCCGCCCCCAGUUGAGCUGCGGGCUGCAGCCCUUCGUGCAGAGAUCACGGAUGCCGAAGGCCUGGGUUUGAAGCUUGAAGAUCGAGAAACAGUUAUUAAGGAGUUGAAGAAGUCACUCAAGAUCAAGGGGGAGGAGCUCAGUGAGGCCAAUGUGCGGCUGAGCCUCCUGGAGAAGAAGCUGGACAGUGCUGCCAAGGAUGCAGAUGAGCGCAUCGAGAAAGUCCAGACUCGGCUGGAGGAGACCCAGGCGCUGCUGCGGAAGAAGGAGAAAGAGUUUGAGGAGACGAUGGAUGCACUUCAGGCUGACAUUGACCAGCUGGAGGCAGAGAAGGCAGAGUUAAAGCAACGGCUGAACAGCCAGUCCAAGCGCACAAUCGAGGGGAUCCGGGGACCCCCUCCCUCGGGUAUUGCUACCCUGGUCUCUGGCAUCGCUGGUGGAGGUGCCCCUGGGCAGGCUCCAGGGAUUGUGCCAGGCCCAGGGCUGGUGAAGGACUCACCACUGCUGCUUCAGCAGAUCUCUGCCAUGAGGCUGCACAUCUCCCAGCUCCAGCAUGAGAACAGCGUCCUCAAGGGAGCCCAGAUGAAGGCAUCCUUGGCAGCCCUGCCCCCUCUGCACGUGGCAAAGCUCUCCCUCCCACCCCAUGAGGGCCCUGGCAGUGAGCUAGCUGCUGGAGCGCUGUAUCGUAAGACCAACCAGCUGCUGGAGACGUUGAAUCAGCUGAGCACGCACACCCAUGUAGUGGACAUCACCCGCUCCAGCCCUGCUGCCAAGAGCCCAUCGGCCCAGCUCCUGGAGCAAGUGACUCAACUCAAGUCCCUAAGCGACACCAUUGAGAAGCUCAAGGACGAAGUCCUUAAGGAGACCGUAUCUCAGCGCCCUGGAGCCACGGUCCCCACCGACUUUGCCACCUUCCCUUCAUCAGCCUUCCUCAGGGCCAAGGAAGAGCAGCAGGACGACACUGUAUACAUGGGCAAAGUGACCUUCUCGUGUGCAGCUGGCCUUGGACAGCGACACCGGCUGGUACUCACCCAGGAGCAGCUGCACCAACUUCACGAUCGCCUCAUCUCCUAAGUGCUCCUUGCCCCCGAGGUCCCCUUCCACCCUCAGCCCUCCUGAUGCCACUCUGCCUGAUGCGUAGCCACCUCAGCCAGCCCCUAGGUAGACCCAUGUGUGUAAAGCUGUUCCUGCCCCAUUCAGCUUCACUCCCACCUUUCAGUGCCCUGCCCUUCGACUUGGGCUCCCCAAUUUUUGUCCCCUGGCCCCUGCCAGAAUUCGCUGUGCAGCUGCUCCCUCCUUCCUGAGGAGCCUUAUGGGCUGUGCCGGGGUAGGUAGGCUGAGACCCCACCACUACAGGUUGAGUGAGGUCCCCCCGAUUGAGGACUUCACCCCUUGAUUAAAGCCACUUCUGCUUCA